GAGCAGACCUGAGAGAGGGAUCUCAGACACCCAAGUGUGCAAUCUCAGCCUCUGAAAUUCUUUCCAGGAGGAAAAUCCAGAUUCCAGGCUCUGGCCACCAGGAGGGAACAUGGAGAAGCUGUGGCUGUGUUUCCUGCUUGUCCUCAGCCUCCCCAGUGCUUUUUCCCAAAGAGACUUGUGGAGAAAGGCCUUCGUGUUUCCCAAAGAGUCAGAUAAUUCCUUUGUGACCCUGAGCGCACAGCUGCAGGAGCCUCUCAGGGCGUUCACCCUGUGCCUGCACGUCUACACGGACUUGACCCGCGGAUAUAGCAUCUUCUCUUAUGCCACCAGGACACAACCUAACGAGAUCCUCUUCUUCAAGGAAAAUAGUGGAGUGUACAGUGUAGCUGUGGGAGGAGCUGCCGUCGUUUUCAAGCCUCCUGCGCUCUCCCCUGCGCCGCUGCACAUGUGCGUCACCUGGGAGUCCGUCUCAGGGAUCGUGGAGCUCUGGGUGGACGGGAAGCCCAUGGUGAGGCGGAGUCUGCGGAAGGGCUACUCUGUAGGAACAGAAGCCAGCAUCAUCCUGGGGCAGGAGCAGGACUCAUUCGCUGGGAGCUUUGAUAAAAACCAGUCUUUGGUGGGAGACAUUGGUGAUGUAAACAUGUGGGACUCUGUGCUGUCCCCCGAUGAGAUUAGCACUAUCUAUGCUGGUGGAAAAUUGAAUCCUAAUGUCCUGAACUGGGGGACGCUGAAGUUUGAAGAACAUGGUGAAGUGUUCAUCAAGACCCAGCUGUGGCCCUGAGGCCCUUUUGUGAGUCCUGAAGUUGCCCCCCAGGGUCUGCGUCUUACGUUUCCCUUAACUCUGGCUCUGACGUGUUAUUGCCCCGCAUACGUGGCUUUGGUGCCCUGGGCGACUGUAUUUCCCUCUCCCUUUUCUGCCUGGUUCUCACCAGCCGAGGCACAGGGCAGAGCAGAGAGUCUUUUUCAUGACUGCCCAUUAGAGUUACCAGGGACACACCCCAGGCCAAUUAAAUUUGGUAUUUUUAGGGGGUGGGACCCAAGUGUCAAUGUGUUUUAAAGCUCUCCAAGUGAUUCCGCUGUUCAGCCAAGGUUGAGAGUUAUUUAAGUGUAUGUUUAAGAGCAACUGAGCCAACUUUUUAUUCUCCUGAAAGACUGCUCAUGUCUAACUUGUACUCCAGCCAACGUUUUCCCUUCCCUUUAUAGGCACCCCCAACCCCUUUUAUUGUGCUUUAUUGAGUUAUCUAAAGAAUGAGGGAAUGGAACUUUUCCAGCAUUUUGCCUUGUAGGAUCGUAGGAUACGAUCAUUAUAAAUUAGAAUUAACUACAAUUUUCGUUAAUCUGUUCAGUUUGAAGUUUCAAAAACCUAAAAAUAAAUGUUUUGGUCUUAUUUCUA